GGACAGGGAAGAAAAUGGCGGCAAUAUCCGAAGAACACCUGCCGCAGCGCCCAUUUACGGCUGGGGCUGCUACUUCGGCUACCCCGACGACGGGGAGUUUAUCUCAGGGGCCGUCCGGCGGGGCCGGGGCCAACCCGCUGUCACGCAAGCUCCGCAAAGUGCUAGAUACGCGGUUGGAGGCGGACAAAGAAAUGUUAGAAGCGCUCAAGACUCUUUCCGACUUUUUUGUGGAAAACAGCUUGCGCACUAGAAGAAAUCUCCGUGGGGAUAUUGAGCAUCGUAGUUUAGCUAUCAAUGAAGAAUUUGUCUACAUUUUCAAACAAGUGAAAGAGGAGCUUGAAAACAUAAAUGAAGAUGUGCAGUUCAUGAGCAAUUGCUGCCAGGAUAUGACUAAUCACUUGAAGGCCACUAAGGAGCAAACUCAGGAUUUAAUUGUCAAAACGACAAAGCUUCAAGCAGAGAGCCAAAGGUUAGAAUUAAAAGCACACAUAGCAGAUGCCUUCAUAGCAGAAUUCCAACUUUCUCCAGAGGAGAUGAACGUCCUUCGAAGCACCAGAGAUCGGCCAGUUACUGAAGUAAGCACUCUAAAAUACAUACGUUUGGAGAUUAUGGAACAGAUGGCACUCCUCCAGGAGACGUCUUAUGAACAGCUGUAUCGUUGGGCACAAGGUGAAUGCAGGGCUUUAACACAAGAAACCUGUGAUGUUUCUCCAGUCCUAGCUCAGGGAAUGGAAGCUUUGCAAGACAGGCCUGUUCUGUACAAAUACACCCUUGAUGAAUUUGGAACAGCCAGAAGAAGUGCUGUGGUCCGGGGCUUUAUAGAUGCUCUUACUAGAGGCGGUCCAGGAGGAACACCUCGACCUAUUGAAAUGCAUUCCCAUGAUCCUUUGAGAUAUGUGGGAGACAUGUUGGCUUGGCUGCAUCAAGCUACUGCUUCCGAAAAAGAGCACCUGGAGGCUUUUUUGAAACACAUAACCACAGAAGGAGUGGAAGAAAAUAUGCAAGAAAUAGUUGGGCACAUCACAGAAGGUGUUUGCCGGCCACUCAAGGUUCGAAUUGAACAGGUGAUCAUAGCUGAACCCGGAGCAGUCCUUUUGUAUAAAAUUUCUAAUCUUCUCAAAUUUUAUCAUCACACCAUUAGUAAUAUUAUAGGAAACAGUGCAGCCAUGCUGUUAACUACGAUAGAAGAGAUGCACCUUUUGAGCAAAAAGAUAUUCUUCAAUAGUUUGAGUCUCCAUGCGAAUAAACUGCUGGAUAAGGUUGAACUGCCACCUGCAGAUCUUGGUCCAGGUCCUGCACUGAAUCAAACACUUGCUCUGCUGCGUGAAGUACUAGCAUCCCACGACUCUUGUGUUAUUCCUUUGGAUAAUCGUCAAACAGACUUUGGACAAGUCCUGUCUUGUGUGCUGGAUCCCCUGUUGCAGAUGUGCACUGUGUCUGCCAGUAACUUGGGGUCUGCUGACAUGGCAACCUUCAUGGUGAAUUCACUUCAUAUGAUGAAGACAAUGCUGGCUCUGUUUGAAUUCACAGAUAAAAGGCUAGAAAUGUUACAAUACCAGAUUGAAGCACAUUUGGAUACCCUUAUAAACGAACAAGCGUCUUACGUAUUAACUAGAGUGGGUCUAAAUUAUAUUUAUAACAUGGUACAGCAACACAAGACGGAGCAGGGUCCCUUGGCUAAUGUACCCAGUAUGGAUUCUAUGUCAUUAAAAGCUGCAAUGGUCCAGUUUGAUCGUUAUUUGUCUGCCCCUGAUGGUCUGUUAAUGCCACAGAUAAACUUUCUCCUGAGCACAACUGUUAAGCAACAGAUAAUAAAACAAUCCACAGAAUUGAUCUGCAGAGCUUACAGUGAACUGUAUGCAGCUGUGAUGAAUCCUGAUAAUGCUUAUAAAGACCCGGAAACUAUAUUAUAUAGAUCUCCUCAUCAAGUUCAGUCGCUGCUCUCCUAAUCUUAUAGCCAAAAAAAA